AUGAACGGAGUAAAUGGACAUAAAAAUGGUGGAGUAAAUUAUCAUCAAUGGAAAGUUGGAUUGUUAAAUUCCUCAAUGAAAUAUUUAACGGCUGAGACAUUUGGGUUUAAAAUCAAUGCGUCUGGUACUGCCUUAAAAAAGAAGCAGACUUGGACGUUAGAGCAAGAUUUGACAGAAGAAGUUGUGUACAUAAAGAGUCAUCUUAAUCGUUACAUGUCAGCAGAUAAAUAUGGGAAUGUCACAUGCGAAGCUGAAGAAAAAGAUGAAGACCCUUCACAGAAAUUUGCCAUUGAAUAUGCCAAAGAUGGAAGCGGCAAAUGGGCAAUUCGAAAUGUAAUGCACGGAAAUUACCUAUCUGGAGAUGAUGACAAUGUGAAAUGUUUCUCUAAGAAUAUAUCAGACAAAGAACUUUGGGUAGGACAACUGUCUAUUCACCCACAAGUUAAUUUACAUAAUGUUAAUCGUAAGAGAUAUGCCAGACUAUGUGAUGAUGAGCUUCAAGUUACAGCCGUUAUCCCCUGGGGACAAGAAUCUUUGAUCAUACUUCACUUUGAAGAUGGUAAAUAUGCCCUUAAAACUUGUGACAAUCGAUUUUUACACCGAGAUGGUCACCUUGUUGACACCUUAGAAGAUGAUGCCAAAUUUACAUUGGAAAUUCGAUCUGGAGCUAACAGUGGAUUGGCGUUCCGGGAUAGUGCUGGAACGUACCUGACAGCCGUAGGUGCUACUGCUGUAAUGAAAGGUAGAAACAAGUCAGUUGGAAAAGACGAAUUAUUUACCUUAGAAGACACCAAGCCACAAGUUGUCAUUCAAGCUUACAGUGGAAAGAAAGUCUCUAUAAAACAAGGACAAGAUGUUUCUGCUAAUCAAGAAGAAGAAGAAGAUGAAACUGAGAUAUUUCAGAUGGAAUAUGAUGAACAUACUGAAUUAUGGGCAUUUAGAACCUGUUCUAAUAAAUAUUGGUCUCUAGAAUCUAGUGGUGGUAUUAUGAAUGUAGGAAAGGAAAUAUGUAAGAAUACAUUAUUUAAUGUAGAAUGGCAAGGUGAUGGUACUGUAACUAUUAAAGCUUGUAAUAAUUGUUAUAUCUUUAAUAAACCAACUGGAUGUCUCUUCGCCUUGAGUGAAACAGCUACAGAGAAAGAAAGGUUUAAAAUCAAGAUGGUGAACCGACCAAAGAUUAUACUACGUUCUGAUUUUGGUUUUGUUGGAAUCAAGUCCGAAUCAAAACCAGAAUAUAUCUGUAAUAAAACAGGUUAUGAAAAUAUAUGUUUAGAACCACAAGAAAAUGGUUUCUAUGGUUUUAAAGGCCCUAAUGGUAAAUAUUGGGGAUUAAAUGCUGAGAGUUUUGUAAUGGCUGAACAAGAAAAGCCUGUAAAUUUUCUGUUAGAAUUCCGAAAACAAUCCCAAAUCAGCAUUAAAGCUCCUAAUGGAAAAUAUUUGAAAGGUGAACAAAAUGGACUAUUUAGAGCUCGUGGUGAUGAAAUAGAAGCAGGAAGUUUGUGGGAAUAUUAG